AAAACAUUCAUCAACGUAGAGACUACACUAUGGCAGAAAAUAACAAAGCGGGUGCUUUUGAGGAUGACAAAGAAACAACUAACCAUGAAACUAAUUUGGCAACUGUGGACUUUAACGUGGCAACGCAGGUCUUAUUAAAGCAUGGUUUGAAAUCAACAAUGUACAAAGGUGAUUUCUUCCCAAACUUCUGGCCGAGGACUCAUUUCGAACCAGGCCAACAGAUUGUUGACCUUGACUGGAAAGAUUGGUUUGAAAGCUUCAAGGACUUCAAGGCAAGGGAAGAUGACGUCAUUGUAUCAUCAUAUCCGAAAUCAGGACACCAUUGGAUGAAUGAGGUUGUCUAUAUGCUACAACAUGGCACAACAGAAAGCGCUAAUAUAUCCAAGGGACGUAAUUUCAUUGAGGUUAAAACAAUGGAAGAACUUGAAAGCAUGCCGUCGCCAAGGCUUUUGUUGACACAUCUGAAAUAUGAACACAUUCCAAAAGAUAUGCUGAGCAAAGGCUGUAAGAUGUUCUACAUGUACAGAAAUCCUAAAGAUGUGGCAGUAUCAUACUUCUAUCAUAUAAUUGCGUUAGAGUCGUUAUAUGAUUACACUGGAGGGUGGAAUGAAUACUUUGACAUAAUGCUCAAAGAACAGCAUGAAUAUGGAAGAUGGCUUGAUUCUGUACCUUACUGGUUAGAAAAGUCAAAAGGAAUCCCAGAGAUACUGGUCUUUAGCUAUGAGAAUUUGAAAAAGGAUUUCAUCAACACAGCCAAGAAAUUAUCCGCACAUAUUGGCAAGACAUACACCGAUGAGUUCUUCGAAAAUCUUGCUGAGGCUUGCAGCAUUGACACAAUGAAGAAAAAUGAUAGUCUGGAUUUUGCAAGAUUGAAAUCUGGGAAACCACUUAUAAGAAAGGGACAAGUUGGAAACUGGAAAAACUAUUUUACAGUGGCUCAGAACGAACAGUUCAACACCCUGUACAACCCAAUCAUCGACAAACUGGAUUUUGAAGUCCAGUUUGAGUAGGCACUCAUCAACACUAUUUGAUUAUCAUAUACCAACAAUGACAUAAAGGCUUUCUAUUGAACUAGCUAGGACACUGCCACUAUAUUUUCUAUUUUAUAUCAAAUAUGACUCGAAGGCUAGAUAUUAAUUAAUAUCACACCCAUUAAAGAAUGAAUAUAGUCUGUAGCAAUAUAAACGCACAUAUUAAAUCACUAGAAAUUAUUUUGCAGACUUUCACUCGUUGUUUUAAAUAUGUACAAACGCUGAUGUUGUUUGGCGUAUGCCUUACAUAUCCAGCUCACAUGGAUCCACAUGGAGUCCGACGAUGUACCACGCAAUGUUAAGUCUUGCCACAUUCACUGUUCCACAACUAGUUACUUGACGGAACAUCAAUGUAGCAACAUGGAUGAAUUUCCUGGAUAU